GGUCAUGAGACUUGCUCAAGGCCACGGAGACAGGAAAUCAGAUUCCAGAGUCUGAGGCCAGCAGAAAGGAUCCUGUGUGGCAGGACACUCCUCCAGUCCAGCGAGGAGCCCAGGAUGUCCCUGAAGGCUGUGGUCCUGACCCUGGCCCUGGUGGCUGUCACCAGUGCCCGGGCUGAGGUCAAUGCUGACCAGGUGGCCACUGUGAUGUGGGACUACUUCAGCCAGCUGCGUGAUAAUGCCAAGGAGGCUGUGGAACAUCUCCAGAAGUCUGAACUCACCCAGCAGCUCAAUGCCCUCUUCCAGGACAACCUUGGGAACAUGAAUACGUAUGCAGAUGACCUGCAGAAGAAGCUGGUGCCCUAUGCCACGGAGCUGCAGGAACACCUGACCAAGAAGUCCGAGAAGGUGAAGGAGGAGAUUCAGAGGGAGCUGCAGGACCUGCGGGCCCGGCUGCAGCCCCAUGCCAGCGAGGUGAGCCAGAAGAUCGGAGAACACGUGCGCAAACUGCAGCAGCACCUGGAGCCCUACACCGAGACGCUGCGCACGCAGGUCAACACGCAGGCGGAGCAGCUGCGGCGCCAGCUGACUCCCUCCGCGCUCCGAGAGAACAUGGACAACCUGCGAGCCUCGCUGACACCCUACGCCAACGAAUUCAAGGCCACGAUCGACCAGAACGUGGAGGAAUUCAAGGGGCACCUCACCCGCUAUGUCGACGAGCUCCAGACCAAGAUCGACCAGGCGGUGGAGGAGCUGCACCGCGGCCUGACCCCCUAUGCGCAGGACGUCCAGGAGAAGCUCAACCACCAGCUGGAGGGGCUGGCCUUCCAGAUGAAGAGGAACGCCCAGAAGCUCAAGGCCGAGAUCUCUGCCAAUGCCGAGGAGCUGCGGCAGAGGCUGGCGCCGGUGGCCGAGGACCUGCACAGCAAACUGAGAGACAACACCGAGGGGCUGCAGAAGUCGCUGACCGAGCUGAGCAGCCACCUCGACCGGCAGGUGGAGGAGUUCCGCCGCAACCUGGAGCCCUACGGAGAAACCUUCAACAAGGCGCUGGUGCAGCAGAUGGAGGGACUGAGGCAGAAGCUGGGCCCCAAUGGCGGGGACAUGGGAGACCACUUGAGCUUCCUGGAGAAAGACCUGAGAGAGAAGCUCGACUCUUUCUUCAACACCAUGAAGACGGAAGAGAGCCAGGACAAACCUGUCGCCCUCCCGGAGCAGGAGCCACCGGCCCCUUUGGAGAGCUGAGCUGUCCCUGGUGCGCUCAUCCCCCGCCCCGGGACACCUGCCCUGCCCUGCCCCCUGUUUGUCUGUCUGUCCCCAAACAGUUCUUAUACAUGCUUGAGGACACGUGCCCAGUGGGCGUUGAUACCACCUCUGGCUAUUCAAUAAAGCUGCUGAGAAAGUAG